CCAACGAUCUACGCGGGUUUAAUUCAUUUUCAAUCGAUCGAUUGCUGCUAAAAUCGGCAGUCUUGGAAAAUCGUUUAGAUAUCGUUCGAAGAAAAAUAACAUGAGUGGCGUGUUGCGUCGCGGUUCCUUGAAUUUCGAUUGUGUGGGCGGACCGCGAGACAAGGGCAGAGGAAGCCUGGAGGCGAACCUCUAUGGCGGAUAUCGCGAGACAAGGCCCGGUCCGAAAACCCCGGAAAUCAGUGUGAUAGCAUUGGACUUUCGUCGCUACUCCGAGGACUUGAAGAAGCCGCCGCCGACGGAGCAGAGGGAGCAGCAUCAGCAGCAACAGCAACAGCAGUCGCCGCCUGGCAAGGACCUCAGCCAGGAUGCGGACAGCGACGUGAUAUCGAACUUCCUGGGACACUACACCCGCUGGAGCUUCCUGUGGACCCUGCUCCUUUGCCUCUUCCAGCUGCCCACCACCUUCCACCUGUUCAUGUUUGUCUUCCAGCUGGCGGAUGCGAAUUCGGAUGGCGAGGCCUCGCCCAUGUUGGAAGCUGGCAACAUGGAGGAGCUGGACCAGUUGCACACCAAGCUGCUGGAGCGGCUCCUGGGCUGUUUGUCCCGCUGGCAGGGUCGCUGGUGCGCCCUGCUCUCGAUCUUCCAGGCCAUCUGCACCUUCCACAUUUUCGUCUACGUGUUCCAGAUUGCUCCCAAAGACUUUUGGUGUGCCCGACCGGAUAAUCUCCUGCAGAUGAGCGUUUCCGAAUGGCGAAACCUCAGUCAGUCGACUGAUGGAUGCCUCCUCCUCGACAUGGACUAUUCCCAGGUGACUUAUGAGGAUAACCAACUCAUUAAUUGGCCGGCAAAUGCCACCGAGUUGGGCUACCGAAAGUGCCAGCACUUUGAGUUCUCCGACGAGGAAGGAACGGCCAAAACCUUGGUGCAGGAAUUUGAAUUGGUUUGCGGAAGGGACAUCCUCAGUUUGGUGGAGACCUGUUUUCUGGUGGGAGCGGCAGCAGGAGCGGUUCUUAGUGGUUGGAUAUCCGACCGCUUUGGCAGGAGACACACCCUAAUGGCAUUCGUCACUAUUCAAAGCGUUUUUGGUGGAAUUUUGGCCUUCUCAACAUCGGUGGCCAUGUUCAUGUCGCUACGUGUUAUAAUUGGAUUCGCAUCAAUGACCGUGACUGUUGUGAGCUUCGUACUGGUUGUGGAGCUGGUCUCCGGCAAGUGGCGCACCGUAAUCGGCAUUCUCAACAUUCUGCCCGUGGCCAUCUCGUACGUCCUCUCCGCCGGACUGGCCUACCUCAUCCGCGACUGGCGGCACCUCCAGCUGGCCAUCUCCUUUCCCUGGCUAAUCAUGCUCAGCAUUUGGUAUUGGCUGCCGGAGUCGCCCCGCUGGCUUUUGGCCCAGGGUCGCUUGGAUGAGUUGUGCAAUCUAAUUGAGCGAGCGGCCAAAACGAACGGCACCAGCGGCAGUCUGCCUGGGAACUAUCGCAAGACCCUCGAGGCGGCGGUACCGCGGGCGGUCCAAUCUCCACCAGAAUCAACAGCUGAAGAGGCGAAGGCAGCCGAAGCGGAUGCACCAGAUCCAAGCUCCAGUGGUCAUGUGAAUCCCCUGCUGGUGGUAUUCAGCGCCAAGUAUUGGCGCACCACCUGCCUCACUUUGGUCAUCUGGCUCACCCUGAUCAUCAUCUACUUUGGACUCACUCUGCACCUGAAUAACUUGGGUGGCAAUAUAUACAUAAACAGUGCCGUGGCUGGAACCGUGGAAGCCGUGUCCAUUUGCAUUAGCAUCCUGGUGGUUUUGAAGGUGGGAAUACGACGAAGUCUUAUUGGUUAUAUGCUGUUACCUGGCAUCUGCUGUCUGGCCACGAAUCUAAUGCCAAGCCAAACGGGAGUGAUUGCACUGGCCACCAUAGCCAAGUGCCUCAUUGGCGCCAACAAUGCCAUCAUUCCGACCUACACCGCGAUGCAAUAUCCCACCAUCGUUCGCAACUUUGGCGUUGGCAUGGGCAACUUGGCAUCGGGCGUUGCCCUAAUCCUAGUGCCCUUCCUCUGGCAUCUGGAGCACAUUGAUCCCUUGCUGCCCUUGAACGUUAUGGGAGUUUGCGGCCUGAUUGGCGCUGUAGCCAUCAGUCUCAUGAAGGAUGUGGAAUAACCUAGAGCUGGAUUUGGACUUUCAAGAGGGACUGGAGCUGACUUUCCGUUUUGACAUGCCUAACUGUGAUAUAUAUUGGACCUUUGGGGGGACAUUGCGCACCCGCACUAAAUCGUUUUUCUCAUUCUAGCAUAAACUAUGAUUUUAUUUUAUUUAUACUUUCAUUGCAUUAAAAACACAGUAUUUUUAUGAUAUGCAA